GUCAAUUAAGUGUUAACAGUGAUGCUGAGCAACACACCUUAGCGAUGAUCAGGCGCGCAAUCGGCAGCAACGAUAGCCAUCGCGUAGUUUAGUUGCGUCCGGGCGACGCUUCCGAUCGGUUCUGGUUUUGCCACGCGGAGUUCAACGCUUUUUUCCUCCUCCUGGACGACAUGGAUGCACUACAAAGUAGUAAAUUAAGCGAUGGAAUCGACGCUCCGCUGUGGAUGUUUUGGAAGCGUCGCCGGUACGUGCUGGUGAUGAUGACCUUUCUGGGCUGCACGGUGAUGUACACGAUGCGGGUCGCGAUGAGCAUCGCGAUCGUGGCCAUGACCGAAAACCGGACGAUCUCGCUUGAGAAUGGCACCGUUGGAUAUGAACAAGCGUUCGACUGGAGUUCUUCGAUUCGGGGUCACGUGUUGAGUUCAUUCUUCUACGGGUACAUGCUCACCCAGGUGCCAGCUGGAAUCCUAGCAAAUCGAUUCGGAGCAACAAACCUCGUUGGAAUAGGGAUGGGUAUUACAGCGGUUCUCACACUGCUGACCCCAUUGUGUGCCUGCGCAGGUUUUGGCUGGCUCAUAGCGAAUCGGGUGCUUCAAGGGAUGGCGCAGGGCGUUUGUAUACCCAGUAUUCACACCUGCUGGUCCAAGUGGGCUCCACCGAGUGAACGAUCGCGGAUGGUACUGUUCACCUUUGCCGGCGUAUUCGUCGGAACGAUCAUAUCGAUGCUGCUGACGGGAGUCGUUUCGAAUCUCUGGGGCUGGCAGAGUGCCUUCUACAUCUUUGGAUCAAUCGGUUGUCUAUGGUUCGUUGCGUGGUUCCUAACUGUUCGACCCACUCCGGAGAAGGAUCCCUUCAUCACAAUCAAGGAGAAGGAUUUCAUUCUGCAGAGUCUUGGAAUCACCGAGGGCGAAUCGGAUAAGUACAACCAUCCCUGGAAGGGCAUCCUAACCUCGAAGGCAGUCUACGCCAUAAUAGUGGCCGGAUUCUGUCAGAACUGGGGCUUCUACAACAUGAUGACCCAGUUACCAACAUUCUUAAAAGAAGCCCUCCACUUCGAGGUGCAAGCAACCGGAUCGAUAUCCGCUCUCCCAUACCUAGCCAUGGGCAUAACCCUCAGCAUAGCCGGCUACCUGGCCGACUGGUUCCAGAUCAAGGGCAUCAUGACCACAACCCAGGUUCGGCGCAACUUCAACUGUCUCUCCUUCCUAACCCAAGCCAUCUUCAUGACCAUCGGAGCCUUCAUCCUGAAACCGAUCCCGACCAUCGCCUGCAUCACGCUAGCGGUCUCGAUGGGCGCAUUCGCCUGGUCCGGGUACGCCGUCAACCAUCUGGACCUGUCGCCGAAAAGUGCCGGCGUCAUGAUGGGCAUCACGAACACGGUCAGCACGCUGGCCGGGAUCAUCGCACCGGUUGUGACGGGGUCGCUCACGACGCAUAACCGUCACGACGAGUGGAGGCAGGUGUUUUAUAUUACCGCUGUGGUGAACAUGAUCGGGCUUGUGGUGUACUGGUGUUGGGCUUCCGGUGAGCUGCAACCGUGGUCACUUGAGGUGCAGGAGCGGAACCGGCUGGGUAAAAGUGGUGGGACGCAGGAGAAGAAAGGUUAUGAAAACCGGUUGAGCAUUGUGGAUUAGGUCCUUCUAGUAGUCCUUUUUAAGCUUAUAGACCAGUUUUCAAAUUAAUUUGAGGGCAUAUUUAUUUUGGUUUUAACCUGGAUAUUGAAGUGCAAUUAUGUGUUAAAUGAUCUCAAUUGAAUGAUGACGUAUUUUAGAACGGGUGCUGAAAAACCUGUGAAAAGCGGAACUAAAAAAAAAAAUAGUAUUUAAAAAAGAUGCCUAAUGAAAAUUUCAGGUGCUAAAAAGUGAUUUCAAAAUUGUAAGAUGGUGGCCAAAAUGGCUAAGAGGAAAUAUUGCAAAAAGGCAUACAGUUAUUUAAAAAGCAAUCAACUUCUUAAUUUUGACUAAAAUUAACUGAGCUCAAAUAAAGCUCGUAAAAAUAUUAUUGUCCAUAAUUUGAUUAUACGAAAAUUUCUGGAAUGUUUUGGAUAAUCGAUCAACGAAUAAUCGAGUUUGGACUGUAAUUGAUUGGCUGAUUGCAUGUUUCAAUCCCACACAUCUGUUAAGAAUAUUUCAUCAUUGCCAUUUCGACCGCCAUAUUGUUUUUUUCGAAUGCUUUGAGCUUUUUAAGAGUUUCAUUUAAGAUGAGUGAACUUUUUGUGAUCAGAUUGACAAAAGUGACGUUUUACCGAGGACUUGGAAAAAAUAACUAUGAAAUUAAUGAUUUUAUUGGUACAAAAUAGAUUAAAAUAUUUCACAGUGCCAUCCCGUAUUUGGCAACACGAAUAUUUCAACAAUUCUUGCUUGUCAAAAAUCAACAUCAAUUUUUGAAUUGUUCAUUAUUGUGUGAAGUUUUAGAUUGGGUUUCGAUCAAAAAUUUAGAAGAGAAAUGAAGUUAGUCUCUUUCAUUAGUCAUUUUUGACGAGAGGAAAUGAGUCGAAAAGUCGUGUUUCCAAAAACGGGAUGGCACAUUAGCAUGCAACGAAAUGACAUUAAUUUUAACUUUUUGCACAAAUCCUAUUAAGAUUAUAAAAAAAAUAGUUUUUUAAGUUGAGAAAAUUUCCCUGAAUUCUGGAAAUAUAAUUUUUCUUUCCCAUGAUCAAAGGAUGUCUUCCCUAUGUCUUCAUACAAUUUUUGUAGCUGUCCAUAUUUCCAUAUUCGAAAAUCUGUAAUUUUGAAAAUUUUAUCGAUUUGGUGUCCCCAGCGAAGUUGUUGGUACUAAUGAGGAUUAUUCUGAAUAAAAAGAACACGAAUUUUCGUUUACGCUUUUUGCUAAACUUAUUUUUUUCAAAAAUUAUAUUUCUCUAAAUCGAAUUUUUAAUCGAAAAGUAUUUUUUUGAUAAAAUGCAUAAUUUUCAAGUUCUAUCCAUUUUUAGUUUUUUUAUGGUAAAAUUAGGAAUAUUUUUGAUUUGAAAAAAAUGUCUGUCCAAGUACAUAAAUAAAAACAUUUUUUUCAAUAGCUGUGAAAAUGCUCAAUAAUUUUCAAUUUUAGACUUUCACAAUUGGAAAAUUAAUUGCUGAGAUACAGCCUUGCAUAGAACAAAAAUUCAUUAAAUUAGGGUUUUCUAAGAGUCACCAAAUCCCUAAAUAUUGAUUUUCAACCUUUUGGAUCGAAAAAAAAAUUCAAAUGUUUCUUUCUUUUACAUUCAAAAUCUAACAAAUAUUUGUCAAGCUAUCGUCUUUUGAGAAAAAAGGUUUAAUAACAAAAAAAGAUAAAAUCAGAAAUUUUUUUGAUUUUUAUUCAUUGCAUUGUAUCUCACCAACUUAAUGUUAAAUUUUUUAUAUCGAAUAAUAAAAUUUAUAGAGCAAUUCUCAAUAAUUACAUCUUUGCCGAAAACACCAAAUCCAUCUGAAAAUUCCUUCAAAAUAUACAGAGUUACAAUAUUACCGUCAUUUUUUUUACUGUGCAGCUGCCAAAUGUAUGGCGACUGUGACAAUGACACAACAUCGCUGAUUUAUCCUUAGGGAAGGCUCUCACGUUUGAUUCAACGUUUGAUUUUGUACAGAAUUGUUCAGUAGGUGAAUUAUUAAUUACAAGGAAGAAAAAAGGUAGAACGAAGAAAAAGGCAGAAUAGCAUAAGUUCCAUUUUCCUUGAACACUAUUAUACACAAACGUACGUUCGUGCAAAUUUGCAAAUUUGUGAUAUCAGAGAAAUAGAAACAAAUUGGAUGUUUAAAACUUAUUCUUAUUAAAAAUUGGAUUAUUAACAUUACCAACUUAUGUUUCGAUUAACAUUCUUUUUUCGCUUUAAUAUUAAAUUUUGUUAUU